UUCACACCGAUUUCUGGUCACACUGAAGAGCAACCUGUUGUUUUUCGUUUCGUUUAAUUUAUUUAUUUCCUCUUGUUUACUUAAAUUAUUUAUUGUUGUUUUAUUUAGUGAAAGUGUAAUUAGAAGUCCUUAGAUAUGGCUCGUUAUUUCAAAGAACAGGAUAUUGAUGAGUUCCGUGAGUGUUUUUAUCUGUUCGCUCGUUCGGGCCAAAUCAACAAUUUGGACGAACUAACUGUUAUUAUGCGUUCCCUGGGUCUUUCGCCGACGAUCCAAGAACUGGUUUCGUAUCUAAAGCAGAAGAAUGGCAAAAUGAGCUUUGCCGACUUUCUGGACAUAAUGCAUCAGCACUCCAAGGUGGAGAGUCUGCCGGAUGAGGUGAUUGCCGCUUUCAAGGCAGCUGAUCCUCAGAAUAAGGGCACCAUCUCGGCCAGGCAGCUGCGCAAUCUCCUCCAGAACUGGGGAGAGGGCCUGUCCAUGCGCGAGGUUGACAACAUCUUCCGGGAGGCCAAUGUGAACAACAAUAGCACUGUGCGAUAUGCUGACUUUGUCAAGAUUGCCUGCGCCCCAGUUCCAGAUUACUAUUAGACUGCCUAUUUAAAAACAUUUCAUUACACUAUAAAACAUUCCAGUAAAAUAGUACCCCAAAGGAUUUUGCACAAUAAAGCCGGCUAUGCAUGACGUUUUGGAAAA